AUGCCCCCGAGUCAAGUGAGGUCCCUGCGGCGGGCUGGGGCUGUACUGGCCGCCGUGCUGUGGGCCAGUUUGGCUCGGUCCGGUUCCGCCGAGUCUCCUGGAGCAGAAUGUGACAACGGAAAGCUGUAUUUGGACAGGGACCUGCCUCCAGAUGCUGUUUAUUGGAGAUGUUCGGCUCCUAUCUGGACAGAGUCUCUUCAGGGGCUUCCAAACAUCGACACCGUGUAUGACCCAGAGCCAGCCAAGAAGGUAUGCAUGGACAGACCUAUCUCCUACUCCAACACCAUACCCAGCAGUGGAGCGUUCAGGCCGGUAACCGCAGCGAGUGGAGAGUACCUGUAUUGUCCUCCUCAGCGCUGGCUUGGAAACGUGCAUCGUGGAGCUGCUGUUUUGCUCUACCAUCCCUGUGCACCGGUCCAUGAACGUCACCUCCUGUCUCAGCUGGCCCACUCCUGUCUCCCAGAUUACAUCAUCACGCCUCACCCACAGCUCAGCACACACAGGCCAAUAGCCUUGGUGUCCUGGGGUCGCACGUUGGAAACGACCUCUGUGGUCUCUUCAGACGUCUGUGAGUGGCUGCAGGUCACCCAGUCGACGAAGCCCAAGUCUGAUGGUGUCACCCAGACCAGGAAGUACGACUUCCUGUUGACCAGGUCAGCCGGGCUGCACCUGCUGCAGCGACUGACAGAGAUGAAGGGUACCCUGAGGCGAUGCUGUGAGCGGACCAUCUCACUCCUGACAGGAACCACAGAUGGAGUGGCCAGCACGAAGAGGGAACACCUAAAACUAAACAAACAGAGAAAUAACAGCAGGAAACGUCGAGCUGCUGUCAGAGACCAAGAGGAAACCAGCAGGAAGCGUAACGAAACAACUACCAGCUUCAGUUUAUGGACCAGUCAAACCAGCAGAACGAACCCCCAACGAGCAGAGUUCGCACAGAACGACAGCAGCACGCACGGAUCAGCAGCAGGUUCACUUCCAGGAAAACCUUCAGUUCCUGUGUCAGCGCCUCAGAACGAUUCAUCUGGAUUAAAGGAGGCUCAGGACGGCGGGGCCGAGGUGGAGGCACUGCAGCCCCGUCACAAAGCAGCCCCUCCCGGGCCACAUGGAUCUUCAGGGGGCGUAAAGACCGAGCAGGACCAACCGGUGAGCUCUGAAGUCCUGGCUGCCAGGUCUAAAGACCAAGAUACAGACCCAGUCAAACAGGAUCGUAAGGACUCGGCUCAGAGAGGCAAGAAAAGUCAAAGUGUGGAUCAGAAGGCGAGACAUGCAGCAGCUCAGGCUGCAGGAAGACACGCAGAUCCCAAUCUAAAGCUCAGCAACGUGCAGUCUCAUUCUGCUUCUGACCUUCAUCAGGACUCUGAGCUGGAGCCAGGAGCCCGCAGAGACCCCGGCAGUGAAGACUGUGGAGGAUGCGGAGCAGACGGGCCCUGCGACUGCACCCAGAACCGUGCUGCUGCAGUGAAAGUGGGUCUGCAGAGGACCCCCAGGACGGACGAAGCUGUGUGGGCCGCGGCAGCUCUGGGCUUUCUGCUCGUCCUCCUCACACUGUCCAUCCUCCACACCCGCCUCUAUCGCCACUGGAGGACCGCCCCCAGCUUGUACUGGCACGACCCCCAGCAGGACUACGACAGUGUGGCAGACGUGAUACGAAGGAGGCUGAGAAUCACCAAGAGAAGACGGAAAAGAGGCCGAAGGCAGGAGUACGUUCUGCUGCCCAGUUCCUCCAGCUCAGAUGAACGUCCAUAGAA